GGUGUUUGCCGUUGCCAUGGAGCCGAAUAGGGAGAUCGAAGCUGGACAGCGUCCCUAGCUGAGACGGAAAGUGUGGGUAAGAGAUUCAACGGGCGUCUGGGAAAGGCUUCAGGGUGCUUAAUGCGCAUGUGUUGGAGCAUGCGCAGUGCGGAAGAGUGGCCUCCUGCCCUCUCGCUGGCACUGCGGUGGCAACGCUGAGGGGAACGUGCCUGAGGAACUGAAGUGGGGAGGGUGUGCGCCGCAUGGCAGAGUAAAGAGUGUUUUGUUUUUUACAUUUAAGUCACGGCCUCUGCUCCUGAGCAUGUACAGAGUGCCCUUUGCCUCACCACCACAGAAUAACUCGCAGGCCAUUCGGGACUGAGGAGAAGGAAGAAACUGCCACGGCCCGGCAUACUUCUGCAGUCCAGUACCACUUGGUUCCUCGCUUUUAAAAUACGUAAAAGAUGAGGGGCAGAAUAAAAACUAACGGACGGCGAAGCUUUGAAAAUAACAACGAAGAGACGGGGCCGUGCUGCUCAACCAAUCGCAAGGCUGGGCGAGGAGCGCCUGACGUCACGGCGUCGCCGAGAGGACGUCGAACGACCGCGCGCCCCCACCCGGGCCGAGAUUCCGUUGCCAUGGCGACCGCGCAGCGCUUGGGACCGGGGCGGCUGGCGCAGGAGGCCGCCGCGCUCGCUGCCGUCGUCCGGGGCUCCGUGGGGCCUCGAGGAGGGCACGUGCUGCUCACCCGCCCCACGGGGGAAGUGCUGCUUUCCAGGGACGGGCGGCGCGUGCUGGAGGCCUUGAACGUCGAGUCGCCCACCGCCCGAAUGAUGAUUUCAUGCAUUUCCACACAUUGCAAUUUGACUGGGGAUGGUGCUAAAACGUUCAUCGUAAUUCUCUCCGUUUUACUUCAAGAACUUGAAAAACUUGUUAAAGGAGGUAGUCCUUCCUGUUAUGAGAAGAUCCAAGGAAGAGAGAAUUGUAAAGAAAAAUUUUACAGAUUGAAACAAGUUUCCCAGCUUCUUAUAACGAUCCAGAUGGACAUUCUAGAUUACAUAGUGACAAGAGACCUUGAAAAGCAUUUUCAUUCAGUAUUUUCUGUUUCUGAUGAAGAAAUAAGUAUGAGCACAAUGGGGUUGGUACUGGAAGCUUAUUUUUCUGGGAAAGUAGGAAUCAAUAGACAAAAGUUUCUUUCCCAGUUAAGCUGUGAUUUCUACUUCAGAGUUACUGCUGGUAAAAAUAGGAGUGAAGUCCUGUGCUUUGUGGAUGACUGUUUUGCUGAGUUGCAUACUACUGUGACAGGCCUUCCUGUUUCAAGUUCAAGAAUCCUUGAUGGGCUUAUUCUUCACAGAGACUUUGCUGUGUACUGUCCUGCAGACGGUGACAAAAGAGUUCUAGUUAUAACAGAACCUAUCCAGCCUGCUUAUUCUGACUUGGGUGCUGAAGUUGUCAUAACUGCUGAAAAUCAACAUGGGGCAUCUAAAACCUGGAUUACAAAAAGAACAGAAGCUGUUCUAAAGCACAUGCGGGACAAUGACAUCAAGGUUAUAUUGUCAAGUGUAAAACAACAGGAAGCUGUUCAUAACUAUGCAAAAAGCAGUGGCAUAUCUAUUGUAGAGUGCCUGUCCCCAGAGGAGAUAUCUCUUAUUUACAGGAUCACAAAUAUUUCACCUUUUAAGCCAUCUUUGGACAAUAUUCACACUGAAAUCACAGAAGCCGCUGUUGCAAAAUUUUGCCAGCCAUUGCACCUUGGCGCCAAAAGAUUUGUCCAUAUAGGCUUUGAAAGGACGUGUGCCCUUCAGCUCCACUGUGUGAUUCUCUGUGGGCCAGUGCAUGGGGUUACUGAGCAACAUGUUUGUGCUUUUCAUGGCGCGUUCAAAAUGUUGCGACAGAUGUUUACGGUUGUUUGUCUGACUGAGCAAAACCUCUCCGAAACACUACAUAAUAGUCAGCAGUGUUCUGAUGCACAGCAACAUUUUGUAGAGAAGCGCAUUGGCUACGGUGAGGUUCACGCUUGUGCCAAGCAGCCAAGACCUUGUGGGUUUGACAUGGAAGAGGACUCUGUUGUUUCUGCUUCAUCGGUAGACAGAGAGUUGGCCUGUUCAUCCAUGCAUCUGCCUAACUCGUGGGGUGUAGAUUUGGCGCAUGAUGCCAUGUGCUCAGAACUACGUGAAUGUGAACGUGAUUUAGUUGACGUGCAAAAGGUGUCUCAGAAACGCAAUCAUCCAAAAGGAAUAUUGAGAAUGGACGGGAAUGAAUCACUUGCAGAAAAUCAGCUUGCUCCUACCAGAGCAGAGAGAAGCAUCAGUUCCAGAAAUGUGAAUCUGCAACACACUGAGGACAGUUGUACUAGGCAAGGCCGUGGAGUUAAAGAAGCGGAUAAUAUCAGAAGCCAUAUUCAGAGUAAUUCCAGCUCUUACCUAAAGGAGGGAUCAGUUUUGCCAGUCGGUGGGAUAUUCGAGAUACUGUUACAUUACUACCUGUCCUGCUAUGCAAAGCGGUGCCAGUCAGCAAACGUAUCCAUUCUUUGUGCUGUAAUUGCUGAUGCAUUGCUCAGUGUUCCAAAAACCCUCUCUAGGGCACAGAAAAGGGGUGCUUUUCCUCAGCUCUAUCUUGAAGUUACCAGCGCUGUCAGAAAUAAUCGACCGCUUCUGCCAAAUCAAGAAAGGUUAGAAUCAGUGUCCUGUAAGUACCAGUUAGUGGCUUCCAUUCUUCAAUGUGCAGCUAGGCUUUUAAGUAUUGAUCUUAUUGUUGGCAUUAAGAGGUUACCUCAGAAGACCGAAGAAAGCGAUUCAGAAGCUGAUCUGUGAAUAAAGGGUUUUCGUAUGCAAGUGAUGCAGUUGCGAGAACCAGCUACGUCCUUUAGUCUUAUUUAGUCCAGGGUACUUCUAUGCAGCCCCAGGACUGUUCAAAUCCUAACAGAAAGGUGGAAAGAGGGGGCAUUGGUUGCAAAUUUUCUUAAAUCCCAUAAUGUAUUUCUGGCCGAUAGGUUGGAUAUAAAUUUAGACAAGGAAUUGUGACACAUUGAGACUGCAAUUCUAAAGUCACCUAUCUAGGAGUAAUUGAAUUCGUUGGGACUUACUUGAGGGAGGUGCUUGGAUAGGUGCCCCAAUCCAAAUUUUAGAGAGCUCAUUUGGAAGGAAACACUGGCGAUGAUGAAUGCUUUCUGGAAAUGUUGGGGAACUUGCUUCCGCACUACAUAGGUUGAGACUGAUUUAGCAUGUUUAUCUGUCAUAAUAAACAAAACUUUAAAAGCAUGCUAUGUUAAUUUUAUGCCUUGUAUAAGUACCUCCCCAAAAUUCCAGUAGUCAAAAAAUGGUUGAACUGAAAUAUUUGAUUGGGGUGUGUGUGUGUGUAAAAGUCUGCUUAGUAUGGUUUUAAUGUUACAUUCAGGUUCAAAAUUUCACCUGGGAACGACUUGCUUUGGAGUGGUUAUAUAUUUUUUUAAGAUAAGACAAUAGGAUACACUUUGUGUACGCUGUUUAGGGUUGUGUCCCGUGUUGUCUUCUAUUAGCAAGGAACAGCUCCUCCCUAGAAACAGCUCCCCACACCCUGAUCAAACUCAGGAGCAGAACAGAUAGCCAAAUGACUCAGCUAUACAGUUGCAAAGUUUUAAGUGUGUUGUAAAGUGCAUUAUACAAAUGUGGCACUAGAUCGCGAUUGUGAGCUAUGGAAAAUUCAAUAUAUUUUUCAAGAAGUUUUUUUAAAAAGCGUUUUCACAGCA